AUGCAACCAAAUUCUGAUUCAAAGCGAUCGCCAAGCUUAGAUUCUUUUUAUCAACUUUUGCGUGGCCGUGUGUUUCAUAAUACAACGAACUAUGCUGGAUGGUUAUUGGAUUGCAUGAGUAAUGCCACUCUUCCAAUACAUCCCAAAUUUAGUCUCGUUAUUAAAGAAUUCGUCUCGAGCAUAUUUCUUGUCGAGCCUUUACACACCAUUCCAGAAGACAAAAUCGUGCCUUUUUUUCACGACUGUUCAAAUCCUACUCCAACUCAGAUCCUAUUGCUUCUAUAUGUGCUACAGUACAAUGAUUCAUUUAUUGCAUUCAAAACAGAUCCUGGGCUUAUAGCAGCAGCUUCUUCUUCUAAAGUUAACACAGCUCAUAAAGUAUAUUCAUCUUCCCUACUCGAGAAAAUACCAAUUCGAUUUUUCCUUAAUCAUGUGGAGAGUUAUCAAAAAGGAGAUGCCUAUCGUAGUAUAUACCCAGAGCUAGUUUCUCUUAUGGCCAAUUUGUUCCCCGAGAUAUUCGAUGUUGUUGGCUUCCUAUUACAAGAAGGAAAAGAAUUUGAUCUUGCUUAUGACACAAAGAAAGCAACAAGAUGGUGGACUACUGAUAUGUCACGAGAAAAACUUGGGCAUAUUUUAUCUGAAUGGAAAACUCAACCUAAGGCAGUCUUGACAGAAACACUGUCAUCCCUGAAAGUCGCAGAAUAUGCAGAUAUUGUAUUGUCUACAUUAAUUCCAGCUUGUCUUGACGAAGAAAUUGAUAAGUAUAUUGCUGAAUCGUUUGCUUCUGUUUGGGAAUCAUUUAAUCGCAUCACACCUCAUGAAUUAUGGACCUUGACAGCAAAUGUGAUGGUAUUAAAGAACGAGUCAGAAUCCACUGCAUAUACUUUUGAUAUGCUUAUUCAAGAUCCCCUCUUGAUCUUCCAGUGCGAUGCUAGAAUAUUCAGAUCCGAACGGCUGCUUCCUAUAUUUUUACAUAUGCUGGGAUCCUUGCGCAUAUGCUCAAAACAUAGGAUAUGGAAGAGAUAUCAUACUACAUAUACUAACAGUGAUAGCGCCCUGAACUCCCGAAAUGUAAUGGCUCUUAUUAAUGCCCAAGAUACGAUGAUGCUUCAACUCUUGCUGGAACUGUGCCGAUCUCAGCCCAUGGACAAAAAUGAUCCAGAGGCUUUACAGGUUUCUCGGAAAAACAUCUGUCAUUUUAUACACAGUAUAUUCAUUGAUGGUGAUCGGGAUAUGCUACUCGCCAAGAUUUUACACUUUCAGACAUAUGCCAUUGAACUGAUACCAAUGGUAGUAGCCAUGAUCCCUUCUAUAUAUAUUGUUUUAAGCUUUGUUCCGGAACUAGUUCGACAACCACAAAUGCAUAAACAAGUAUUUGGCAUCCUUAUGGCCUGCCAUUUGUGCGAGAAGUAUCCUUUAGAGAACUAUCUAGAUAUGGUUGAACAUCAUGUAUUACCUCGCUUAUUGCGUGUUGCUUUCCCACCUUCACGAGAUGGAACUCAGCCCACAGUAUGUGUUCCUUCUGAACCGCUAGUUCAGGCUAUCCCAGGAUUCAUAAAUCUUGCAAAAGCAUUUCCUCACUUUGCCCCUCGUAUUAUGGAUGCUCUAAUUGAAAUUACAAGAGGUUUACCAGCACCGAGUGAAUUUAUGGGGCAACAAGGAAAAAUUAUAUUAGUCUUGCAGUUGCAUAAGGUAUUAGCAGAUUCCAAAACUGCUGUUCAACAGCAAAUAGACCAAAUGGGUCAAGUGAACAAAGUAAUUCUGUAA